AUGGAUGACACAUAUUUAGAUGUAACGGCCGGUUAUGUCGACGAUUGUAAAAUAACGCAAAUGCAAUAUCAUUCGUUCACGCCGUAUUCAAAUACGUCUUUUUCAUACAAUGAUGAAAUUAGAAUAAAUAUUCAAAAUAUGAAAUCUUACACUCUACCGUGUGAAAGUUAUAUUUACAUUGAAGGAAAGCUAAGAAAACCUUACGAUGCUGAAGGAGAUGUACGUUUUUCAAAUAAUGGUUUGGCAUUUUUAUUCUCCGAAAUGCGAUAUGAAAUAAACGGAAUAGAAAUACAAAAAUUGAAAUCACCCGGAGUAUCGUCUUGCCUGAAAGCAUACUGUUCAUAUACACCAAGUGACUUGAAUACGUUAGACAAUUGUGCUUGGGACUCGGGCAUGGACGGUGAAGAUAAUAAAAAUUUUAUGAGCAACGAUGUAUUUACCGGUUGUAUACCUCUAAAACAUUUAUUCGGAUUUUGCGAAGAUUAUAAAAAAAUAUUACUAAAUUGCAAUCAACAACUGAUUUUAAAUCGCUCGUCUACCGAUUUAGACGCAUUACGUAUGACGCAAACCGGAACCCCCGAAAACGUUAGAAAAAAAUAA